AUGUCUAAUUCAGUGGGUCAGCCGGCUGCAUCGUCUAAUAAUCAUGGUCAGGGCGAUCAGCCGUCACUACUUUUGAGCGUUCAUCCAGGUGGAGAGAAGGCCCCUGAGUAUCCGGAAAGGGUUGAGAUGGAUGAGGAUGAACCCACGCAUACUGAAUCUGAUGCUAAGGAAAGAGCAGCAGGCGCUCGCACUACAGUCAAGGCUCCUACUAUUGCUGGUCGUGUGCGAGAAGAGGUGGAAGCUGUUGCUGACGUUGUCCAGGGGGGGAAUAAUUAG